AUUCUAUUAUAUUUCAUUUUUUAAUGGAAAUAAUUAGAACGUCAUAAUGUGUUGCGUUUGAUGGAGCAGGAAGGGAGAGUAUCGUCCAGCCAGCUAUAGGGUUUGAGCUGCCUGCCUGCUGGAGAGAAUCCAUCCCAGAAACAAACCGCCCCCUCCCACUCUGAACGCCCCCGCUUCAGAUGGAACUCAAAAUACAUUAAUCCUCCAUGUUGCACAGGGAAUGUCGGGCCACCAGAUGUGAAACGCCGUUUUAAAAAGUCCGGUCGAGCAACUUGUGAGUAAUUAAUGCGCGUUUUUGGACGGACACCAAUUCCCUUUAACGGGCUUCCGAGUGUUUUCAGCGCUGUUCCAGACUCGGCCUCGUAUUGGAUAAUCGAUGCUAACAGGCUAACGCUAGCUGCUUGCCGACCUAACUUAGUUUGGACUUUAAGGUCGGGUUUUAUUUCAUUUUUUACACAUAUAUACAUAUAUAUUUGGACAGCGGCAUUACUGAGGCGGCUGAUAAUUUCUUGCUUAAAGCGAAAUAUAUUUUUUUCUUUCGGACAGCCAUAAAUGACAUCCUCCAGUCAGCGCCGUGCUAGCUGGCUGGCUCCAACCGCUGCUCCUCAGACGGUUUCCUGGCUUUGUGGCCACAGGCUGCUAGCUUAGUGGAGCUAGCUACAACGAAGCGGGCGCGUUAUCGCGAAUAACAUUGCUGCAAAACGAAACAGGAAUAGAAACCCGUCUCAAUGGACCACAUGUCCAUAAUAACUCAAGUCCCCAACCCGAAGGAGGAGGAAAUAAUAUCUUUCAACCAAGAAAAAGCAUCCCAGUCAAACAGCAGCCUGAAGAAGCAGCGGAGUCGAAGUAUAUUCAGCACAUUCUUUUGUUGCUUCCGUAACUACAAUGUGGAGCCACCAGCUACCAACAGCAGCUCCCCGCCUCCUCCUGUCGAGGAGAACGGAUCGCCUCCUAAGCCACCAGCCAAGUACCUCCUACCAGAGAUGAAAAUAUCUGACGAUGGUAAAAAGUGUGUGGUGAUAGACUUGGAUGAAACACUCGUGCACAGCUCAUUUAAGCCCAUCAGUAAUGCUGAUUUUAUUGUACCGGUGGAGAUCGAUGGUACCGUUCACCAGGUGUAUGUGCUGAAACGGCCCCAUGUGGACGAGUUCCUCCAGAAGAUGGGGGAGCUGUUUGAAUGUGUGCUCUUCACAGCCAGUCUAGCUAAGUAUGCAGACCCCGUGGCAGACCUGCUGGACCAGUGGGGGGUUUUCCGAGCGCGGCUCUUCAGAGAAUCCUGCGUGUUUCACAGAGGGAACUACGUUAAAGACCUCAGCCGACUGGGGCGAGAGCUCAACAAUGUUAUUAUUGUUGACAAUUCCCCUGCCUCAUAUAUUUUCCAUCCAGAAAAUGCUGUCCCAGUUCAGUCUUGGUUUGACGACAUGAAUGACACAGAACUCCUGGACCUGCUGCCUUUUUUUGAGAAACUCAGCAAAGAAGACGAGGUUUACGGAGUCCUGCGAAAUUUCCGAAGCAGGUAGCAGGACAUGCUGCAGCUCAGCCUGUGCUCUGCGGCCUCCUCUCUGUCCAUCUCUGUCUUUUUUCUACAGCCCGCCGUCUCUCCAGGCUCUGGAAGAUGACCCGGGAGGCAGGGGGGGGGUUCUCACUGUGGAAACCUCCGUGUUCAACCAUGUCUCUCUGCUCUCUCCUCCCUGUGACUGGCUGCCUUCUGAGUGCCAUCAGAAAAACACAAACCUUUAUUAUCCCAGGACCACUGUGUCUCACAGAAACCACACCAGAAAGUGUACCGAGCAUCCUUAGUUAAUGGUAUUGGGGACAAAAUACCGAGAGGAACGAACUCUUUAUUUUCAAAAUCGGCAAACUUUUACUAUUCAGUAAAGUGCUAAUUUUUAAACCAAAAGCAAAAAGAAAAGCAACUUUCCAUCUAAGACUCUUUUUGUGGAACCACACUGAAGCCUGGAAACUAUUUUGUCCUCAUAUUGUUGCUAUGCAGGCAGUUUCUGGUAGUAGAAAGGACUGUGACUCUUUUCUUACUGAAUGAAGUGCCUUGUGUGAAUGUCGUUUAUAUGGGGAGUCGUUUUCUACAUGGCAUAUUUCCAGAGUACUUUUGGUUUUUCACAGAAUAUGCUUUAAAGUGGACACAAGAGUAUCAGUAUCUAAAGUUGUACUUCACUUUUGUUUUUUCUUUUGGAUCAUCGGCCGCUGGUUAUUCGUCUCGUAGUACUUCUUUUUUUUUCUUUGUUUUUCCUGUAUGCUUGUGCCAUUAUAUAGGUGUGACUUUGUUUUCUUUCAGCUUUCAUUAUUUGGAGAGCUAGUUUAAUUUUUAUGUUAGGCAAAUGGCCGCGCUUGCAGCUGUGAAUAUCAAGCCCCCAUCUGCUGCAAGUUUUAUUCUUUCUUUGAUCAUUUGAUCUGAAAGCUCAGAUAAAACUGUGCCAUUCAUUCAUCCAUUUCCUCCACAUUUUUUUUUAGUUAUUGCUUUUUAAUUUUUUUCCUGCCAAACGAGGAAAUCUCCUUUAUUAGGCUCCAUAUCUUUGCCACAGUUUGAGUUAAGCCUGUUUAAUGAUUAUUAAAUAUAGCAUUAUAGCUUAUUUGCUUUGAGAUCUGUUCUGUUACGUUUAUCAGAUGACCGGCUCUCGGUCUGUGUUGGUCUUUGAAAGAGUCCGAGGUCGCUGAGGCACACAGAGGACGCCAUGUCUCUCUUCCCUCCUGACUCGAGGAACCUCCAGGAGUUUGGUGUAGACGCUUGUCAAUAUCACACCUUCGUCCUGAUUGACGUGCCGUCGUUGCCGGGGCUUCUCCAGCCUUGCCGGAAGACCUUAUGUCAUGUUUAUUGUCCCAGACUUUUUCUUUUAUAAAAACAAACUAACUCUUCUUCACCUCAGUGCCUAUGUUUGAAAGGAGCCCAGCAAAACCAAAUGCUGCAACAUUAGAUACCAUGGCAAUAACCUUUUGUUUUUUUUCCUUUUUUUUUGCAUUAAUAUGUUUCCAUCCCGGUUUGUUUUGGGUUUUCUAAGAGCACUUGACAAAUCCAUGCAGUAGGGGUUUAACUAUGAUUCCUGCUUUCAGAUCAGACGAACGACAACCUUUUAUUAAGAAUAAUCUUUAUCAGAUUAGUGCUGGAGCAGUUAAAAUGUUUGAUUCUGGGUGAAAGUCAGCUUUCAUUUAAGGUAGACUGUGAAAAGGACGCCUUGAGGAGCGUCCUGCUGAUCAAUGAAGCGCUAGCAGGGUCCUGAAACGGAAAAAUUGGACAGUGAAGAACUGAAUCCUUGGCGUUGAUGCCUUACUGCCAAGGGAGACACAAAGCAGGUCUUCUUUUUCGAUCCAGCAUUGCAUUGAGAGGGAUGCUGUUCCGUCUGUGGUGUUGAAUCUCAGAGCUGCAUAUGUGGAUCAUACGCAGCCUGGCUGAGGUGACAUGACAUGUCCCAACAAACUGGGGUUUGUUGCUUGGUUUAAAGGGUCAUGGUAUUUUAUGAGAAGGCUACACUACUUCAUAUGUUUUUCUUUAUCUCAAAGGUCGCUGCUCCUUCAGGAAAACCUGAUCAUCUGAUCUUUCUUUUGAGCAUUUGUGUUGGUAGUGAGUUCAGGUCAUGAUGGUUUUGGCGCAAUGCUUUUUUUUGUUUGUUUUUUUAUACAUAUAAAUAUAUAUGAAGCAUUGCUUUUACUCUUCUACACCUCUCUAAUUUAUCUGAAAAUUUUCAUUGUAAUAUUUUUCUACCUACAUCUUGUCAGUAUUUGCUAUAAAAAAAAGUCAUGUAACCCAUUUUUUAGAUUUGUUUUGUCUCUGUCUUUUGCCUUUUUUUUUGAUAGCUCUCUGUCAGAGGGACGCGUUUACGUGUCUGUUUCCUUAAAUUUUUCCCCACCAUUUCACUUACGAUCACGUCGAUCCAUUUGUAUUAACACCAAAGUUCUAAAACACUUAAGGUUCAGUCACAGUGGUGUCGUUUUGGUUCAGGUUCACUUCUUUUGUUUUUUUUUUGCAGAAAACACUUUGUUUUUGUUGACUUUGAGUUUUGGCAGUGUUCUGAGCAUCUUUUUUUUUUUUCUUUCCUUAAUAAAGGCUUCAUUGAACCUAA